AUGGAUAUGCACUUUGAUCCUUUAUAUCAUGUCCAACAUGUAGACAAUGAUAAUGAUGAUGAUGGUGUCGGUGAUGAACAACAACAGCAACCACAACACAAACAACAAAGACAGAACAAUGAGAUUGUUGAACAAGAUGAUGAUGAAACAGACAGCGAUCAAGAUACACUUUUCACCUUCAAGAUACCAACGAUACCUACAAGUAUAUGGGGUUCACUAUCGUCUAUAGUUGAUACUGUUAAACAAAAGUCUGAGGAUAUUAUCAAUAUAUACAAGGAGGAUCUUUCCAAUGCUGCAGCGGCAUCAUCAUCAACAUCACCAACAGCCAAUGUCACAACAACUUUGACAGAGACAGGCGCUCCAACCAGUCCCCUCGUGGCACAACCAAAGCCAAUAAUCAAAUCAUUCAUUUCAAAUAUAUCUAGCUUCAUUGGAGAGUAUCCAUCACCUCAUAGACAGGAGCAACAGCAACAAGAUAAGAAGCAGCAAUCAUCACAACAACCACAGCCACAACAACCAUCACAACAACUAUCACAACAACAACAAACUAGGAAUGAUCAAUCAUUGCCAGAUGGUAUAACUCAAGAGGAUAUUGAAUGUUAUACAAAUGAACCUAAGGAUGACAAGGAGGAAUAUUCAAGGUUUAUAGAGUUGUUCCAACUUCAACUGUACAAACCAGCCAUCAUCACUGCACUUUCAACCAAUCACAAGCUACAAAGAUGUUAUAAUCAUCUAGUGCCUGCCAGCUUAACAGAGUUCAACUUCUGGUGUAUAUACUUCUUCAAAGAGGAGAUGAACAAACUCGAGCCACAAAGGAAAGCAUUGCAAUUGAAUGAACUAUUGAAUAAGGAGGUUGACUCUGUUCAAUGGGACAGUACUCCACCAUCAAUGUUAACCUCGCAUCAAGAUGAUGAGGUAGUGGUCCAUGAGCAGCAACAACAUUUAGUGGCAGAACCAGACACAGAUGACAAUGACAAUGACAAUGAUAAUGAUGAUGGCAAUGAUGACGACAAUGAUGAGAGUGAAGACAAAGAAGACGACAAGUUAGAAUGUAAACUGAUAGAUGAAUACUCUAGAGGAUCAAAUAGACAUCAAUCAUCACAUGGUUUGGACAAGUCACAAGAGCUACCACCACCUAGCCAGCCACAAGUACCUUCACAACGUACACCAACAUCAGGCAGUGAGACCCUGAGUGACUGGGAGGUGAUGGAAAAGAAGUUGUCCGAUAUCUCAGAGUCUGACGAAUGGUCCACCUGGGAAUGA